AUGGUGCUCGAGGCAAACAACCUUCACGCAGAGUUGGAGAAGAGCACGAGAAAUAGUUUUGAGCGAGCAUACAAGGAGAAAAAGUUCUAUACCAAGAUAAUGGAAGGCAGAGGAGACCCGACCAACUUCACAGUGGAAGAUGGACUGAUUUUUUGCAUGUCUGAGAACCAGGUGGAGCAGCGGUGUGUGCCCGAAAGUCGAGAGCUGAAGCUGGCAAUACUGAACAACCAUCAGGACGCACGAACAGUAGCGCACCCAUGCAUCGAGCGAACCGCCAACGCUGUCAAGAUGUGGUUCUGGAGGAAUAGCAUGCUUGAAGACAUCAAGACGUAUGUGCGAACGUGCAAGACGUGCAUGCGGUACAAGACCUCGAUCCAGAAGAAGCAAGGAAUGAUCCAACCGAUCGCGAUUCCAUAA